AUGCAUUUCUCUACCCUUUUCGCAGCAACAUGCGCCUUCAUCUCGGGCACUACCGCAGCUCCCGGUCUUAACCCCAACCUCGAAAGCCGGGCAGUCACCCCCAACGCUGAGGGAACUCACAAUGGUUUUUUCUACUCUUGGUGGUCCGACGGUAACGCAGCUGCGACCUACACCAACGGAAAUGCAGGUUCCUAUAGCAUUUCGUGGGAGGCUGGUGGAAAUCUCGUCGGUGGAAAGGGCUGGAACCCAGGAACUUCGCGAUCCAUCACCUACUCGGCGAAUUGGAAGCCUGUGAACAACGGAAACAGCGUACAAGGCUGGAAGAUUCAUGACGCUGACGUGACGAAGUAUCUCACCAUCUAUGGGUGGACUCGCAGCCCGCUCAUUGAGUAUUAUGUCGUCGAAGCACACGGCGAGUACAACCCUUCCCUAACGGUCUGGUUCCUCCAGGGGUCGUCUGCUACUUCCAAGGGUUCUGUCACCAUCGACGGUGCCACAUACCAGUUGUACCAGAGCACUCGAUACAACGCGCCAUCAAUUGACGGCACCCAGACUUUCCAGCAGUACUGGGCCAUCCGAGACAGCCAGCGCACCUCCGGCACGGUCAACAUGGGCACAGUCUUCAACGCCUGGGCCUCGAAGGGCAUGAAUCUGGGAACCCACUACUACCAGAUUGUUGCCACCGAGGCAUACAACAGCAAGGGAACUUCCUCGGUCACUGUGUCGUAA